UUUCGUUUCUGAACUGAAAAACUCUUUUCCGGGAAUAGGGGUGAUUUACAGAAAACUCCUAACUGAUAUGAAGACUAAAGUGGGGGACUAUUUUGAAGAAUAGCUCAGACUGUCUUGGGAGCUGAGGAACCUAGGAUCAAGUUGCUUGGUCCUGGUUUGCUUCAGGGACACACUGCAAUGGCAAGGAAGAAGCUGUGACACUCAUUUCUGACGUUCUGUAGCCCAGUUCCCUUUAACUUGCAGGAGAGAGUGAUUCGCUAUGUCUAAAGAAGGGAAGUGUCCCAGCGAUUCGCUUGGUGGGGGUCCAGAGAAGGAACUGGAAAAGAAGCUGCUAGAAGUGGGUCUGGAUCUACGGUACUGGAUGCCUACGCUGAAAAAUACCCUGGGGGUGACAUGUAUCCAGAGUUUCCAAUACCUGGGGUAUAAGGACUUAGAGAAGCUGGAACCCAAGAUAAGAUUCCCAUGGGAGAAACAGGCAUUGCAGCAACUUCUGGCCCCGUACCACAACCAAGAGGCAGAGGAAGCUCAGAAGAAGGAUUCUGAAAAAAUCAGGAAGGUUCAAAAGCAAGCAGGAUUGGCCCAGACAGAGUUGAACGAAGCCCAGUCUGAAAGGAGAAGAUACAAUGAGAGUGCUGUGCAGAGGAGAGAAGAGGAACUGAGGCAGAUGAUGGGGAGUCCACCACCAUAUUGUCAGGCAGUUGAGAAGCCUCUCCUGGAGCACCUAGAACACGAGCGGAGUCAGCUGACCCUCCCAGAGGGGACAUUGUUAGGCAGAACCAAUCUGCCCGAUAAGGAGCUACUGAGAUGGGCAUCGGGGGGCUUGGCGCUGCAAGGAGUCUUCUCAACCGGCCACCUCGAAGACCUCCUGGAGAAGCGGGAGGUGUUGAUCGAUGUCCCAGAAAAUUUUUCUCUCCACGGCCCAAUUCAGAGGCUGCAGGAACUGAAAAGGGAAUUUUCGUCUCUUCAGACAGAGUCAGAGUUCACUAAAUCAGUUGAGAGACUGGGCUUCAGCAUUAGCUGUUCAGCCAAAGGUCAGUUCUGGAAAUUUCACAUGGUAGGUGGCAUAGAUAUAAGUACAUCCUCUAACUCCAGUAACGUCCACAACUCCCACUCCGAACACGCUUAUAUCUGCUUAAUGAAAUUCUGCUAUGUUCCACUAGCCUUGUGCCAAUUCACAAAGGAUCAGCUUCAGCUUUCCAGGGAAGCUCUUAAGGAAUUGAAACAAAUUGAGGAACUUCUAAGUUACACCCAGGAUCCUGACAAAUUAUACAUGCUGAAAAAAACCAGGUAUGGGAACUUCUUUAGCAGAUUUGGCUCUCAUGUCAAUCUGGGCCCUCUGCACUUUGGGGGGAUAUACUGGUGGAAAGCCGUCUCCGAGGGCUUUAGUUCGGAGGAGCGGGAGGAAGUGAAACAUCAAGCAUCUAUGCACCUUGAUUGCUAUGUUAAAGGUGGUGUUAGUGCCUUUGGAAGAAGCUUUGCAGCAAAUAUGAGUCCAUCAUUGUUUCAUUCAGCAGCUUCUUCCCACAGUCAGAAUGACAAACAGGGCCAUAGAGUGACCCAGCUGUCUAUGUCUCAAACAGGAGGUCCCCCUGAAGUGGACUCAUUGCCUCUGUGGAGGAAAGGACUUGUUGCUAGUAACCAAACCUGGUGUGUUAUCGAUCGAGGCAAUCAGUUCCUGGCUGUCUGGGACCUGAUCAUGUCCAACCACACUAGGGAUUUUAAGAACAGUCUUCUGGUGAGCCAAACCCUCAAAGAGGUAUACAGCGUUCUGACUGGCCAGACCCCAGAGAUGCGGUUUGGAGAGGACCAUCUUAGGGCAGAGGAGGAGGCCAGAUCUUUCUUGGAGAAUUUGGAGUCCUGGGAAGUCACUGACCCAGAGAAGCAACUGAAGGAACUGAUGGAUUUCAUGCAGAAACUGAAUGAGAAAACCAAGGAUUAUACCACCUGGAUUAAUGUUUGCCUCUCAGAUUGGGCUCUGCAGAAUUUCUUGGUAGGCACAGUCAAUGCUUGCAAAGAUCUCUCUUUCAACAAAACCAAACUUAUUAAAUCUCUACUGACCAGCCUUCUGGAUCCUCAUGUCUAUUCUGUGGCAAAUUUUCCCCAAACUCCUUUUAUCAUGAAAUGGAUCUUCGAGAGAGAGGAAACUCAGCAGCAACAAGGCAAUAUUUCUGAGUUUGCUGACUUUAUUCGGAUCCUAGAAGAGUCAAAGCAUGAUGUCCAAAGAAUGAACUCGGACCCUGAAUUUUCAGGGUCCCUGGAAAGAGCAAUAAGAAAGGCCAGCUUCCGUGUAAAUGUCUCUCUUACUUCCUUUUUGCAGACUCUGAGGGAGACAGAGCAGUCAGACACAGAACUCUUGCUAACUUCUAUUGCAGGCUGUGCAGGAUACUGUGUAGAAAGCAACACCUUUCAUUAUCUUCUAGGAUGCAAAGAGAUCACCUUCAUGUUAAGUGAAAUGCCAGCAGCCCUUGAGAAGUACCAGAGCCUCAGAAAAAAAAGUGUUUCCAGAGCUCAGGCUUUUCUGGUGUUAACAGCUUUGACUGUAACAGCAGGAUACACAGAGAUUUCUCCAGAAGAAAUGGAAAGUCGAUUGAACUCUCUAAAGCAGCGAAUGGAAGAUUCACUGACCAGAGAAGUUGAUAUUGUCCUAAUCAAGCCUAGGGCCGGUGACGUUUGGGAAACUCUGAAAAGAGACUUGAAUUUGCUUAUCAGUGGAGAUUAUGAAGCCACAGGUGGAGGUUUGCAGAUGGACCAGGUGUUAAAAGACUUAGAAAUUGACUCAGUAAAUGUUCCAACCGUGAUAUGCAGAGUUGUGAAGCCAGUGAAUGUUACAGAGCACAAAGGAGUAAAAUAUCAAGAAUUUCUAAAGUUGAUUAAGAGACUUGGUUUGGACAAAUAUUAUCCAAAGAAGAUGUCCAGAUCUGAUUUCCAUCUGAUUUACAAAGACUCUGUGGAUGAGAGUCAGCCCUGCAGUGACCAAGAAUUACCAUUUUAUUUCCUGCAGAAAUUGCUGAUGCUUGAUUAUCGGCUGAGGUAUCUGGUUUGCAGUGAUGACGCCCAUCUAACAUCACCAGACUUGACCCCAGCCUUGGGUCCUAUGGGUAUUGAUAGUGACUUUUCAGAUGAGAUUAAUGAUUUUUUCAAUAUCAGCGACUUGCCUGUUGCAUCUUUUGGGACUGUUCAGUCACGUGUCCAUCCAAUGGACAUUCAGAUGGCAAUUUUUCACUGUGCAGAUGAUUUUACAAGACAAUAUAUUUCCACCAAACUUUCCAUCUGUCAGUUUGCUCUCCCCCUUCUUGUUCCCAAACCAUGUACCUCUGAAAUCGAAUUUCUACUCUGGUCUCACAGUCAAGUUAAGAAGAAUUGGCAGUUGGUGGAGAAACUGGGAGAGGAGAAGAGAAUCAGAAAUUAUAAAGACCAACUGAUCUGUCAGACAGCCACUCCCAUAGUGUCUUUCAUAAGGAUUGGGAAUUCCUUGACUUCCAAAUCUCAGAUCCUGAACAUGCUGCUGAACAAGCAUAAACAUGAUGUUUUUUUCCACCGGCACUGCAAGGGGAGCAGCAAAGAUGUUCUCUUGAUGGAUGGGGUGGUGGAAAUCUAUUGGUACUGUCCUGGGGGAAACUACAAGGAUGGUUUCGAUAAUUGUGUUGCCUUCACCAAUCUCCACGGAGAUGCCAGUGAACAGGAGAUACAACUCGGGUUUCUUCAGGAAAUUUCUUCCAUCACUAUUGUUCUUUUGUCAGCUUCUGAUCAGAAUGAGAAGAAAAGGAAAAUCAUCACAAAUUUAUUGAAAUCACCAAAACCUUUCAUCUGUUUGUUUGAUGACAAAGAAGGUCUGGCUGAUCAUCGUACUCAAGUAAGAAUAGGGUUAAAGAAUCGGAAUGAGGCAGAACUCUCAGACAUACUUACAGCUUUAAUCAAACGCUUGCUGAGGGUUUCAGGAACUUCUCUGAGUCUCAGAAACUGUGCCGAGAUCGCUCGCCAGCAUAGAAUUGUUGUGGAUGAGGACACUGAGAACUGCCAGACAGCAAAAACCACCGCUCGGGCACUGAUAGACCGUUUGAGAAAAAAGUAUCCCACUUCAAAUGAAAACAUAUCUCUAAAAGAAAGCUUAGUACCCCUUCAAGGAAAAUUAUGGCAAGAAUGGUGCGAGAAAGAUAAAGAACUCAGUCAAUUGCGUGAAAAGGGGAAAAGUAGCAUUGAAAAACACAAAAGCAAUAUUGAGGCAAGGAAGAGAGACAUUCGACUUCUCCAGGUUCAGGAUGCAUUUCCCCUCAAUGAACUACUGAAAUCUGUGAUUGACAUACUUAUGUCAAAGUUAGAGACAAAUUUCAAGUUGUCCUUCCUGCAGUGGCUGAGCAUGUUUCUGAACGACCUGACCGCAGAUCACCUAGAAACACUGAACCAGCAAGACAAAACACUGGGCUCAAGGGCACUCCCAGAAAGACAGAGCAAAUUUGAAGACAUCUCCAAGGAAAUAAGUCCCUGUACUUUAGGAAUUGAACAUAUUCUGAGAGAGAUUGCUCAGAUUUAUGAGGCUUUGGAUGAAGCUUCACCCAAGAAGUAUGAAGCUUUUUUGACCCUUCCCCAAAUUGCCUCUGACCUAAUGAUUUCUGGGUAUCCCAUUGAACUCAUGGAUGGUGAUGUUUCUUACGUGCCCCUGAAAUGGGUGGCAGCUGUUUUUGACAGAUUAAUUGAGAAGUUUGGAGACAAAAAGGUAUUUGUUCUUUCUGUCCUUGGCGUACAGAGCACUGGAAAGUCCACCAUGCUGAACGCCAUGUUUGGCUUGCAGUUCAAUGUCAGUGCCGGACGAUGCACACGAGGAGCCUAUAUGCAACUCAUCCAAGUAGAGGAGAAGGUCAGAGAAGAGUUGGGAUUUGAUUUUGUCCUCGUUGUUGAUACCGAAGGUCUCCGGGCCCCAGAACAUGCCAACAAAUCCCUGAAUCAUGACAAUGAGCUGGCAACCUUUGUCAUUGGACUUGGUAACUUGACCCUGAUCAACAUUUUUGGAGAAAAUCCUUCUGUGAUGCAAGACACGCUGCAGAUUGCAGCCCAGGCUUUUUUGAGAAUGAAGCUUGUGAAACUCUCCCCACGCUGCUUGUUUGUGCAUCAAAAUGUGGGGGAUAUCGCAGCUAAGUAUCAAAAUUUGGAAGGACGACAACAGCUGCAGCAGACACUAGAUGAAAUGGCAGUCAUGGCCGCAGAACAAGAAGAGCAGCAUUCUGUAACCCAGUUUAGUGACGUGAUUCAGUUUGAUGUGAACUCACAAGUCCAUUACUUUGCUCACCUGUGGGAGGGGAAUCCCCCAAUGGCCCCUCCAAACCCAAGUUACAGUCACAAUAUUCAGCAACUGAAGAGCAAAAUUAUUAAGACUGCAAAAGAAGAAUCUCAGGGCAGCAUCCUACGGAUGUCAGAUUUGCAAAAGCGGAUCGGGGAUUUGUGGAAUGCCUUGGUUAAUGAGAACUUUAUUUUCAGCUUCAGAAACACCCAGGAAGUUAUGGCAAUGAACAAGCUGGAUGUAAUGUAUACUGAGUGGACCUGGCAGUUGAGAAAUUAUUUGUUGAGUUUGCAGCAUCAGUUGGCCAAUCAAAUUAGGAAUGGAGACACCAAAGCCAUCCAGAGAAGGGACCUUGAAGAUCCAGUUACAGAAAAAUACACUGCUGUCAAGCAAGAACUAGAAAAGUAUUUCAGUGAAACACAAGACUAUCAAAUACUGAUUCAAUGGAAAGGAAAUUUUGAAAAUAAAUUGAGAAUUCUCAAAGAUACACUGAUUUUAGAAACCAGAACCAAGUGUGAAGAACUCAUUGGUUUAAAGAAAAGUCAAAGUGUAUGGGACCAGAAGAAAGCAAUGUAUGAAAAUGAAUUGUUGAAAAGAAGUCGAGACCUGGCGCUAUCACUAAAAGGCAAAGUAAGUGAAAAGAACCUGAGAGAGAAAUUCAAUUAUGUCUGGUUAGUUUGGGUCUCUGAAGUGGUUUCCAAGACACCACCUUCCAGAAAGCCAGAUAUCAAAAGUGAUUUGGAUACCAUUCUCCUGGAGCAUUUUAAGCAAGAGCCCAACAUUAAAAACAAAAUUGAGAAUCGUUUUGCAAAGCUAAGGUUCUUGAUUGAUUACUCCAAUCAUAUCAAAAUGAAGGCAAAGUGGUGUUCCUCUCUUUCAGUCUCCAAACCAGAGGAAAGUGAUAAGGAGAACAUAAACCAGACAACAAGCCACAUUGUAAAAAUUGUCAUGGAAAUUAUUGAUAGCAGAGUGAAGCAGAGAGUCAAUUACAGUCGCAAUUAUUUCUAUGAAAUACUGAAGGCAAUAGAUGUAGAAGUAGAGGCUUCAAAUCAGAAUGCCAAAUAUAAAUUAACAAACAAAUACAAAGUAGAUUUGUCACUUUGUUUAUGUGAAAGGGCAGCUAAAAGUUUCAUAGAUAUGCACUGUUCCUUCAUGGCAGCAAAUGAUCCUGGCACAUACCUAAAGAGGAAGAAAGAAGAUUUCUUCACGAGUUUUAAAAUUUCCUACAAAGGGGCAACUUCCAUCACAGGAUUUUCCACUUUCUUGUGUAACAAACUGAUUGCUGCCCUCCGCAAUGAAGCAUGGAAAAAGAUGGCCAUUAGCCUCUCUGAAAAAAUGAGAUCUGAUUGCCCUGAAUUCAAUGGCAACAAAUCUAACUUGGAGAAACACAUUCUCAUCUAUCUGGCAGAAAAAGAGAACUUUGACGACUAUUGGCAAUACAUUCAUUUUCCAAAAGAUUUUUUCAAAACCUACAUUAAGAAACAAGUAGAGGCUUACUGUUUAGACUCCCAACAUAAAAAGCUGAAGAAUUACAUUAACAUCACUCUUGACUUUUUUAAGAACACCAUUCUCUCUGCAAUUCAGAGAUCAACUGAAGUUACACAGGACAGGGAUGGCAAUGUCUCCCUGUGGCUGGAUGAGUUUUGCAAACAGCUUGAGGCUCAUUUGGUCCUUCCAAGAGGUGACCUGAAGAGCAUUGAGCAUCAAGAGGUAAACGACAUCGGGUUUCUCAAAGAAGCGAUGAGUGAUGCAUUAGAUCCUGCAAUACAGGCACUAAGACAGAAUACUGAUUGGGUAUGCCUGGAGGAAUUUGUGUCUCAAAUUCAGAAUAUUCUCUUGAACCAUCUAGGUGGCUGUUGGGAGCAGUGUCCUUUUUGUAACGCGAUCUGCAGAAACACAAUUCCUGAUCAUGAUGGCGAUCACAUUGUCUCUUUCCAUCGACCCGAAGCUGUGAUUGGGAUGCACACUCUUGGAACAGAUAAAUUUGUAAUUAGUUUUUGUACCAGUCGGGUAGCAAGCGAUUUGUUCUUCUGUCUAACUGACGGACGAUGUUUCCCAUACAAAACUUACCGGAAGGCUGGAGGGAAUUAUGCUACAUGGAACAUCACCCCAGAGCUAUCCACUCAGCUGUAUUGGAAAUGGUUUGUGAGUCACUUCAGGUCCAAGUUGGAAGAGAAAUAUGGAAAAAAAUUCAGGGACCAGGGCAGAAUCCCUGAUGCCUGGGCCAGAAUUACUAAGGACAAAGUGCUUAUUGAACUGAAAAGACCAUGAUGUUUGAUUUCAUAAUGGAGCCUGCCAUCUGAGCAACUUCACCUUUUUUUUUAAAAUUGAGCAUUUGAAAACUCCAGUUAUCUACAGUUGCCUGCAUUGGCAGGCAAACUAGUCUACUUUCCUUGGCCUUAGUUUCUAUCUUGGUCAAAUAACAAUAAGAUUGAUGUAACAGAAUUAAUUUGAACAGCUUAGACUAGUGGGGGCUUCCUCUUUAAGGACUCCUGUCAGUGGUAUUUGAUCAAAUACCAGUAACCAAACCCUACUAUGCCAAGCAAACCAAGUUGCCUCAGUCACUUUGACAGUUCCUUCUAAUUUCCCCAGAGAAUGCAGGAAGCCAACACCCCCAGCUCAACAUGCAGGAUAAUCCUUCUGUGCUGUGGCGUCUGCUGCCUUUCACCCAGAGCUCAUCUGCAGAUCUAAAAUGAUCACACGGGGGACUCAAGCAGGUCAAAGGUGUGAGGGACAAAGCAUCCCCACUCUGGGUCAUUGGUGAAAGUCCAUGAUGUCUAGGGCUCCCAGAGCAUGUUUUUGGCUCAUCAUCAAGACCCAUCUGGAGCUGCCAGCAGUUGAGCAUCCUGUGAUCUGCCUCUUGAACAUUGAUUCCCUGUUUUUUGCAUAUUUAGUCCUGUCAUUACAGGCAAGGGAAAAGGGAAAGGUGCCUGUAUGUUCUCAAAGGGAAAUCCUGUGGUCCCUAGUGAUUCUCCGAGGCGCUUCAUGGUUGCAGCAAAACCAACGUGGGUCUUUUGUAGGGCAGAGUGACUGUUUGGUGUCUUGAAAGGACUAGUUUCAUGCUUGGAGAGAGGGGACCAAAAGUGAGCUGGGAAGAAAGGGUAGAACCCAGUUAGUAUCCAGGGAGUUCGUUUCUUGAAGACCAAUCAUUAAAUGUAAAAUAGCUUCCCAUGCAUUAUCACACUUUUUCAUCCAUUUUUCUUUGUUUAGAUUCCCUUUAUUUUGUUCUGUGUGCAGUUUUAUUUUGGUUUUCCACUGGUUUUACUUUUGUAUUUUCAAAAAGGAAAAAAAACCCAAAUGUUAUGGACCUGAGGGCUGUGCUAGAUAAUGGCUUAUGAAGUGGGUGAGGACACAGCAGUGACUGCUGCCAAUGGGGGCUUGUCGAGGUAUUAUAUUGUGUGAUUGCACCCUGCCCUCACUUUCUUUGUCAGCUGCUUUGUAAUAUGGACUGCUGACACAGACACAAGAUUCGGCUGAAUGUGUGGAUCGUUCAGCACGAACCUUGCCUAGUACUAUACCAAAGCCAAUCAAGCAUUUGCCCUGCUGGGGAGGCAGACAUACUCUCUCCCCUAUUCAGCACUCCAAAUUAAAAUUCUAUGUAAUGGGGAUGUCUCCAUCCUGGUCUCUCGUAGGCAGCAGUACCAUUCAGAAGCAUCUUGGGAUCUGAAAAGCCAUACUUUGGUGUGCAGUGUUCACUGCCAAAGGGCAAUGAGCCAGAAAAAAAAAGCCAUACUUUGGCAUGCAGUGUUCAUUCCAACGGGCAGCGAACCAGAAAAAAAUGCCUCAUUUCCUGGGUUCAUAGGGUAAAUGAAUGUUCCUCAACACCCACCAUCAGCAGCAUCAUUUCAAAUAUGAAGGCCAAAGGGAGUGAGGGGGAGAGGGUGGGUGUGGUGGUGGGAUGUGUGUGUGUGUGUGCAUGCCUAUAUCCUUUUUCUUCAAAGAUAAAACAAUUGGAGUCAAGGGUUUAUCCUUGUAUGCAACGAAGCCUAAACCAGGGCCCAAUCAAUAACCCUUUCUAUGCCGUGCCUGGGUAAAGACCAUCUUUUGUUGUGCUUUUUCUAUUUGCAAUGUUUGCGCAGUUUUCAAUCCUGCCUCAUCCUAGUAUGAUAUUUUUAGUGCCUCUGUCAUAAAGGAACCUCCUCCACACCUUUCUAGCAGGUCAUUUUGCCAUUUUUUACUCCCAACAAUCUCCAGCUGUAACAUCAUUGGAGGCUGGACAUCACUAUCAGUUUUUUUGUUUGUUGUUUUUUGAAUGUAACUUCUGCGUUCCUUGCCUAAUCUCCUCCCGUUUCAGCUCUCAGCCCAGUAUCUGCUAGCUUCUUGUCAAUCCCUCCCAGGUCUGGCCUCGCAAAGCUAUGUUGUGAUGAGUUUCAAUUCAGUGCUGAUAGAUACUUUGCUGUCCAAACCUUCCUUGACAAUUGAUGGUGAGUCUUCACUGUACUAUGCCCUGAGAUGAUGACAUGUCAUCUGUGGAAGAUUCUGUUCCUUUAGAGGGAAGGUAUGAAUGUUGUUGUCUAUAGAUCUUUAGAUUUGUCUGAAGCUAAAUGCCUCUUUUGCACCAUCCUCUGUCAAUCUCUCCCCCAGUGGCCAUGCUAAAUUCACACAAAAAUUUGUGUGUAUGUGUGUGUGAUCACACUCCUGUAUGUGAUCAUUGAAUUGUUUUACUUUGAUUGCAGAAUAGCCUCCAUCUUCCAGGAACUUCAGGAAAAUCCAAACCUUUCUACCAAAUGACCCACAGGGUGAUUUUCUUGCCAUUGCAUUCCCUUUUCUCAAUGCAGCUGCUGAACCUUUCCCCAUUGCUUUAGUUUUCUAAAAUGGUACCUGAGACUGAAUAAUAAAUGGCACAGUCCUGAGACUCCAAUCAUCAAAUGAAUUAAUUGAAUAAAGAUUCUGAAAUAUA